AUGCACUCGGACUUUUUGUUUCUUGCCCUCUUGCUGCUUCUCCGAGACGCUGCCGGGUUUAAUUUUGAGAAGAAUUGGACUUCAAACCCAGCGCUACAGUCCCAGUCUACGCAUAAUUUGACGUUGAUCAGAAGUGUUACGCGGCUGUUAAAUACUAUACUUUUAAAGCAAGAUAAAAAUAUACGUCCUAUGAAUCAGAAGAAAAACGAGCCUCUGCUCGUCGAGGUGGACAUUAAUGUGAGAUCGAUGGGCCCAAUCUCAGAGCAGAACAUGGAAUUCUCGCUGGAUUGCUACUUCCGGCAAAAAUGGCUCGACGAUCGGCUGGCGUUCGUCCCGCCAGAUGAUCGGAAUGAGAUCCCGCUGUCCAGCCAAAUGUUGAAAGAUAUCUGGAUUCCAGACACGUAUAUAAGAAAUGGACGGAGAUCCUAUCUACACACAUUAACGGUGCCAAAUAUAUUAUUCCGGGUGAAAUCGACGGGUUUCAUCACUGUUUCACAAAGGCUUACAAUCCGAACUCGAUGUCAAAUGUUUUUAUCAAAAUUCCCGAUGGAUUCUCAGGCCUGCGCAAUCGAGGUUGGCUCUUUUGCGUAUUUCACUUCUGAUGUGAUUUAUCGAUGGAAAAUCGUGGAUUUGGAUGAUAAAAUGGGCAAUAUGCUAUCCCAAUAUCAAUUCUUGGGCAUCGCUAAGACCCAGCUGAACAUUACUGAUUAUCGAGAUCCCAAUAAACAAAGCUCGGUCCUGAAGGUCUACUUCAAACUCCAGAGACAACAGGGCUUCUACAUUCUGCAGAUCUAUACCCCAUGUACUUUAUUAGUAGUAAUGUCCUGGGUGUCAUUUUGGAUCAACAAGGAAGCAUCACCGGCCAGAGUAGCAUUGGGAAUUAUGACUGUCCUCUCAAUGUCAACGCUAGGUUUCGGCUUGCGGACAGACCUUCCAAAAGUCUCACACUCAACUGCAUUAGACAUUUACAUAAUUGUCUGCUUCGGGUUUGUCUUCGCGGCAAUGGUCGAAUACGCCGUUAUCAAUUAUGCGCAUGUGUAUUACAUCCGGAAGAAAGUGAAGGAGUUGCAAGGGCUCGAGUCUAACAGAGCGAUAGAAAAAAUGAGAAUGUUUACCGCUGGAAUUAUGGGAGCCAGAAAAGAGACGGUUCAGAUGGACGAGCUCUCCGAAGCCGAACCAUCUCCCCCACAAGAACGAGGGCCCUGGUAUCGAUGCUUCCGCAGGAAACAAGAAACACAAUCUGUUUUUUAUCGAAUGGCGGUGAAAGCUGCAAAGGCAAGAAGAAAACUUCAGAUGAGGGAUCCGGCAGCGGUGGUUAACCGGAUUGAUAGUGUUUCAAAGGUGGCCUUUCCUCUACUUUACAUAUUCUUCAACGUGUUGUAUUGGUGGGCAUUUCUCAAGUGGAUUCCGGAUGAGAUUAAUGAUGUAUUGGAGCAGAUUAAACAGGAUUCC